AAAAGAAACCUGAAUUAGUAAAGAGCAUUAGAAAACCUUUAUAAUAGAGCCGUAUAAGGAACACUACAAUACUGCCUGUGCACACGCAGCCAUUGGACGAGGAGCAAACAGAUAUAAAACUAUAAAUUAGUUACCCAGCGGUGAUUUAAGCUGCAACUACGGGUUCAGUAGAUAUGGGGCAGCUAUCAGCACUAGGCGUAGACAAUUAUAAACAACAUGUUUUGGUAAUGUUACGCUUAGACCCGUGGUACUACGGAGUUUUGCAAAUACGAUAAAUACAGCACAUGUCCCGCUGUAUAGUCAACAUCAAUGGUUGGGCUGAUGGCGCUUUAUCGCCACCACGGCACGUAAAUCAAUAUUAGGCUUAUCUUGACCAACUGUGAGAAUUCAAGCAUGCUGCGGAGCCAAAGAUAUUGGCCCUCAGCCAUGACAGAAACUCGAAACCCCAUAUCCAUCGGGCUCACUCGAGUUUCACUUUCCGCUCGCCAUGGGUUACUGGUCGGAGACUCGGGCCUGGCUCUUCCGUGAUCCUGCCAAGCUCAUCCGCUACCUGGUCCUCUUCACCUGCUGCAUUGUGGUCAUUGUCCAGCUGUACGAGUGCUUCGCCAAGCUCUACAACCCACCCAUCUCCACUCAUUCCUACUACAACCUGAACGAAACCAUCGAAAUGCCAGCGGUCACCAUAUGUCGGGAACCGCCCUAUAAGGAGGACGUGUUAACGCGCCUUUCCGGUGGUGCUUGCCCUCAUCCUAAAUAUGCAACCUGCUGGAUGAAAUAUCCGUUUGGAGAAAUAUCCCUGGAUGAGUUUUUUGAAAACAGUACACAUGAUUUGGGGGAUACUUUUGUGUUUUACGGACUAAACGAGGACAGAAACAACGUGGUCAUGAACAGCAGUCUACACUUCUACAUGGGUCGCUGCUUCACCCUCAGACCCAAGGAAUCUGCCAAAAGAGUAUCAAAGGAUGUAGGUUAUUCCAUAAUGCUAGAACAUUCCAUGUUGACCACUUCCACCAGCGAUGUGGACACAGGUGGUGUCGGGUGGCAUGUCUUUAUACACGAUAAGAAAGAGAAUUUCACAGAAAUCAAUAUGAAGGGCUCUGGUCGAGUGGAGUAUGUUUUUGUCAGUGUCAAUGAGGAAAUCGAGAUCAAGCUUCAAACCCAAUACUUCUCCAAUGUGCAGACCAGAGAAGAGGCGUGUUCCGAAGAUGAGGAUUACAGUGACUUAAAGUGUGGGGAACAAUGCAUCUGGCAGGAUUUAGCAGAUAAUAUGCAGUGUUCGGGGCCCUGGAUGCAUGAAAUUGCCAGUGAACCCUGCAAUGACUCAAUUUCCAUGAGGAAACUGAUAUCGGACUAUAAAGAUGUUUAUGAAAAUGAGGACGACUUUGAUUGUGACUGUAUUCAGCCCUGCCAAUCGAGAAUAUACACAACCUUCAUUCAAAACCGCAAGGCCUUCAACCAACCAGAGCCGCGAACCCAAAUCUACAUAUACUAUACAACCAAACUGAUAUCGAUGAUUGAAGAGCGUCCCAGCUAUGACACCACACAAUUCAUAGCCGAUGUGGGUGGGUCUCUUGGAUUUCUACUUGGCUUGUCUGUCCUGGGGUUGAUUGGAAUACUGGAACACAUGACUCUCUUUUUCUGUGGCGGAUUCAUUAAAAAGAUGCAACAGAAGGAGCAGGCGAAGUUGGCGGCUAACUCCGAGGAUGGUCAAUCCCAAGCCAGCGAUGAGACCAUCGACAUAGCCAUUGCUUAUAAAAAGAAGGAAAAGCACCCCAAGUAUUGAGUCAAUAACCAAGCUGGCUUGGAAUUACAAUAGGUGGGAAGUACUUAUAAAGAAAACUAUUCAAAUACACUUCUUACAUUUAAUCAACUUCACGUACAACGUUUAAGUUUUUUUAAGCCUACAACUUAACAGUUUACAAUUGCGCUCAAAUAAAAUAUUUUCUACGUCUAAGAAA